GGAUGCCGUUGCAUUCGAUUCAACGCAAAGGAGCUGCAGCCUUGGCAUCGAUGAGUUUUGACGAUUGCUCGCUUCGGCAUCGGCACAGUGAUCCUCCGGUAAACUCUAUCUGAUGGUAUGCUGCUUGGUGCUCUGAAGGAUUGUGAAGCCGCGCUGCUGCAUUAGCCUGCAGCCACGGCCUUCGGUUUGGUGAUGGCUUCAGCUUCUGCCUCUGCCAACUGAGGGGAGAGCCCGCUAAGAGGGUGUGGCGCGCGGGUCCCUGUGUGGCCGAGAUGAACACCAUCGCACACCACGGUCUAGGACUGCCAGCACAGCUUCAGCUCGAGAGCCCGCUGGAGCUACACCUGCGGCCAGGGGUCUGGAGGAUGGACUCGCUUGUCGUGUCUGACAACGCAUCGUCGAGACACGGAGGAGGGUGCGGAGUGCAGCAAGGUACGCGAGAAAAGAGGCUGGACAGAAAAGGGAACGGUACUUGCGCCCAAUGUACCUCCCAAGAUCCACGUAUCUUGGGGUUCUGUCAUGCGAGCAACGAUGCCGUACAUCACAUUGUGCAUUGCAUAGCUCGCGCGGUAUUCUCGGCAAACCAGCGCUCGACAAUUUGCUCUUUUCUUCCCGCGCACCUGCAAACCCCUCUGCGGGGGCUAUGCAUGCCCCAAAGUCUUGGCCUUGUAGAUUUUUUUUUUAAUUGCUCGAUGCUACACAGGCGCGAACAAACCGUACGAUGGACGCCUGUAUGCAUGUCAAUUGCAUUUUUGGCCUUCUACCUGCCAUGUUCGACCCUCUACCCUGGCACUGCAGAGGCUGCCGCCAGCCAAAUCUACCUGGUAAAAAUGCAAUACAUGGGGAUAUUUGGCCCAGCAUGUCUUACGAUAGCCGCCGAGAUGUUGCGGCGCUCGGCCGUAUCUCAACAACACCAGCCGUCCGCCGCCCAUCGUAGCCGCCUGCGACCUGUUGCCGCGACCUGCGCAUGAAAACAGACUGGAGAAUAUGACCCAAAGAAGUUGCGGUGACGUGACGUGCUGCACCAAUGACUCGUUGAAAUGAGAACAUGC